CAGGAGGAGGAGGAGGAGGUAGGUGGAGAAAGGAUGGCACGGAACAGAAAGAAAGAGUUGGACUAGCAAAGCAGGAUGAGAAAUGAGAAAGAGAGAGAGAGAGAGAGAGAGAGAGAGAGAUCCUUCAAGAACACUUGCUAUCACCAUCACUAUUUGUGAGUGCAUUGAUCCCUCUGUCAACAACGCAGAAUAACUUGGGCCAUGGCUAUCAAACAUCAAAACAUCUGCCAAGCUAUCCCACCUCACUUACAUGGACGAUCUGAAGCUGUAUGGCAAAACAUCAUCUGAAAUAGAAUCACUGCUCAACAAUGUCCACACAUACAUCCAAGACAUUGCGAUGGAGUUUUGACUGGACAGAUGUGUCACGGUCACCAUCAAACAUGGGGAAAAAAAUAGAGAAAACUGAAAGAAUCAAGAUGCCCCAUGGAAAUGACCUCAAGCAUCUGGAUGAAGCCGAUCCUUACAAAUACCUGGGCAUCCUUCAAGCUGACAACAUCAAGCACACUGAGGCUAAGAAGAAGGUUAGUAGUGACUACAUCCUAAGAGCGGAGAAGAUCUUAACGUUCAAACUCAAUGGAGGAAAUACCAUUAAAACAAUUAACACCUGGCCAAUUCCAGUCAUUAGAUGCCCAGCUGGAAUAGUGGACUGUACUCAAGCAGAACCAAAUGUCCCUGAUAGGAAGACCAGAAAAAUAAUGACAAUGACUCAUGCUCUUCAGCCACACAAUCAUGUUGACAGACUCUACUUGCCAAGGAAAAUGGGAGCAAUCAUCUGGGUCUUUGGAUGGAAUGGAUUGCGAUCUGGCCAGUUCCCCGAGGGGCUUGCAUCGAAAACAAGGGAGACCAGCGACCUGUUUCGUCCAUGUGGACCAGCUCCCGAGCAGAAGAGGAUCCAGAUGGGGGAAGCUCAAUUUCCAUAGAUGAUGGGAGAGAAUCUAAUUAUGGCACUGAGGCUGAGAUUUAAAGAAGCAAGGGGUUCCUGUGUUGGGCUG